CUCUGUGCCCCCGGGGGGCGAGGCGAUUCCGUCACAGAGGGUACCCGGAGCCCUGUGUGUUGUCAUCACCGUAGUAACAGCCAAGCCUCAGUCUGCCGACGAGCUGGGGGCGACAUCCAGAGCCCUCGCCUCUGUCUGCUCUCUAGGGGGCUAGCCAAGACCCGGGGGCUCCGAAGACUCAGUUUGUCAGCUCGCCUGCAGCUAUGAAAGAACCUGUUGCAAAGGAGUUGGCUGGGACUUCACAAACCUGUACUGCCCACCCCAAGAGAGGAGGCUCCAGGAGGCUCCACCCUAGCCCAGGAAAUGCCAACCAGGCUUGGACCUCCCCGGGCAGCAGGAGAAGCUCUCGCGCGACCUGGAAAUCCCCCGCGAGUCCCCCGGUCCACACGGCCCGCCCGGUAGCCACCCCAUCCCCGCUUCCCUCGUCCCGGCGCUCCAUACGCAGAGCCUCCCAGACGUCCAGCAGUUGGCCCAGGAGGUCCUCGCAGCCCGAGGGCCUUCCGGCCUCCUCCAAGACCAGCCCUCCACGGAAGGAGACCACCCCCAGGGGAUCCCGGACCAAGUGGUCGCCCCAGCCACACGCCAAGCCGGACCAGGUAGAUUUGAGCAAAAAGCAGAAGGAGGCAACCCCCAGCUCCAGACCCGGCACCCCCAAGUCUGAGGGAGAGGAAGGCCGAGAGCAGAAGGCCAGAGGGCGGGCCGUGGGCAGGAAGAGGAGCAGCCUGCUCCCCCGCAGUGUCACGCAGCAGGCUGGUAACAGUGCGAUGGAACAGCUUAACUACAAAGAGCAGGCCUGGCAAGUCCUAAACCAAGUGAGCGAGGGGCAGAGGAGGAUGGGCAACAUCCUGCCUAAUGUCACGCUGAACCAGUCCGAUACCUCGAAGUGUGGCGCUUACCAUGACCUGAGCUACAGCAUUAGAUCCGACCUGUUCCCAGGUCCCCCGAUGGAGCUGAGGAGCCUGAUGAUGGACUCCUACACCCCGGAUGUGUUUGAACGAGCAGUGAGGGACCUUAGCAACUGGCACGGGAGGAAGACCGACGACCUGGGACGCUGGCAUCGGAAAAAUGCCCUAGACCGUAACCUGCAGAAAGCUCUGGAGCAGAGAUUUGGGGACAGGCGCAAAGUCAGCAAAUCUGCCUAAUCUUAGUCCCCGAGAAAGGGACCUGCCCUUAGGGCAGGCUGCAGUAAUAAAAAGGGAGACACCCCAACGUCA